AGCCGCCGCCGCUGGGCCGAGCCGAGCUGAAAUCACUCAACUACCGCUGAGCCUGAGGUGGAAUCACUUGACUGCUUGAAGCUUCUCACAUGCGCUUUGGGCCAGCCUUUCUCAAGGCUGCUUUGGGAGAAGUCGCGGUGCACCGGGCUUUUGCCGCCGCAGCAACUGGCAACCCGAACGUGGGGGCUUUGAAGAAGCCCCGAAGAAGCGUCUAGCUUCUAGUUCUAGCUGCGAGGCGAGCCGCCGUUUGAGCCGCCGCCCCUCGAAGAAGCUUGCUUGCGUUCUAGCAAGAAGCGAUCCAAGAGGCUGCGACCGGGACCCUCGCCUGACCAUCUGGGGCAAGGAAAGCCCCUGAGGACCAGCCGCCAGGUGACCACCUACCCAGCAGCUUUUUUUCGCCUGCCGACAUCUGUCGAAGAGAAAUUUUAAGUGUAUCCCGUGAAAAGUGGUUUUUUCGGGCUUUUUUUUUUCUUUUUUUUCUUUGCUGUUUUACUGCUGGGUGGGGAGUGAAAAAGAAUGGGGAAUGAGUCCUCUGUACGGAGACUGACCCCACCUGAGAGGGACUUUUCUAUCCAAGUUGUAAAUACCCUAAAAGCAGGAAAUUUUAAGUUUUCUAAAGGAGAUUUAAAAAUAUUUAUUCAUUGGGUUUUUAAGCAUUUUAAGAUUAAUUCAGACUCUGCUAAAUCAGGAAUUUUUUGGGAUAAUGUGGGAAGAAAGUUAUAUACAGUUCAAGCUAAAGGGGAUUUUUCUGUUGCAAAAUUUUUUCCUGUGUUUCAAAAUAUUAUUUUCUCAUUGGAAAAAGAGGGAAAAAAAGAAGAGGGAGUUUUGGGUCCCCAGUUAAACCCCCCAACCCCAUCAGCCCCUCCAGGUGUCCCCGAACCCCUUUCCCUACCUGAGUGUCAGUCGAGGGGUGGACAUUGCCCCCCGGCACAGAGCUGCUGCCGUCUCUCUGACGCCCUCCUACCGUCUCUUCCUACCAGGGCAGCAGUGGUCAUGCUGCUCUGGGCCUUUCCUCUACCCUCUCCCCUAUGCCCUCACACCCGGUUGUGUGUCCCCCAGUUCCUAGUGUUAGCACAGCUGGCGCUGGCAGUGUGGCCAGCCCCGCCAUUUUGUCCCACUCCCACGCCAGCUUUCCCGCCUUCACCCCUUCUCUUCCUGCCGCGUCCUGCUGCUCCUCCUCCCCCCACUGCGUCAUUGGAUGUAAUCGCAUCAGGCCCCCCCACGCCCCCAUCCAUUGGGAAACCCCUCCCCAUCACGGACCCCGGUCCUGUCUCUUUGUGCCGGGGCCCCGUCCCCGGCGGCGCUCCCACUCCAUGGACCCAGUGCCCCGGAGGUCGGGGCGGCUCCAGCCAGAGCGGGGCCACCCUGGCUUCCCCAUGCAGCCACAAAAAGGCCAGCUCUAGGCACCCGAGCUGGGCCCACGCUGCUAGCAAGCACGCCCUAUCUCUACUAGGAGAUGAGAGCAGUGAAUCUUCUUAUUCAGAUUCUGAGUAUGAAGACCACUGUGCUGAGGUGCAGAGGGAAGCCACACGGGCGGGGAACUCGGCUCUGUCCCAGAAAAUACUUGCCUUUCCUGUAGUAAUGAGGAGAGACAGGACAGGGGCACAGGUUGCUGCAUGGGAGUCCCUUCACUAUAGGGAACUGCAGGAACUUUGCAAGGCUGCUGAGGAACAUGGCAGGAGUUCACAUGUUUUUUAAACACUUGCUGGAAGCCUCCUUCUCUGCCCACGUCAUGGUCCCCCAUGACAUCAAAAAUAUUAUGAACUGCCUUCUCUCCCCAGCAGAAUACAUGUUGUGGGAGAGGCAGUGGAAGAAACAUUUAAAGCAAUUGGCAGAUGUUUAUGCUAAAGAUGCUAACAGAUCUAAUUUUACUUUAGAGCAAUUAGCGAGAGAAGAAGAUUUCCAAAAGCCCCGAGAUCAGGCCUGGGAUCUGCCUGAAGCAGCUUUACAGGAUAUAGCUAAUGCUGCUAAGAUAUCUCUUUUUACCACUCCUGAUGAUAAAGUGCAACACAGUGCUUCACCAAUAUUAAACAAGGGGCAACUGAGUCUUUUAUUAAGCAUAUUGAUAAGUUAGAAGUGGCCAUUGAAAAGCAGAUAGAGAGCCCACAGGCACAAAAGGAAUUAUUAGUAAAAAUAGCAAUGGCCAAUGCUAAUCAGGAGUGCAAAGCAGUUUUGCGAGCCCUCUCUCUGGACCCCGAACCAACCAUAGAUCAGAUGGUUGAAGCCUGCACCAAACACUCCUCUGCCUCAAGUGAGAAUACAGUGGCACUUGCAGUGGCUAAAGGAGUAGCAGAGGCGAUAUCUGGAGCUUAUGCUGCAGACCCCAACACAAAUCAUUGUUUUAAUUGUGGUGAGCCUGGACAUUUUUUCAAAGACUGUCCAGAGAGACAUUCUAUACAACCACCAGCCCACCAACAGUUCCCCAGACAAAACUGGCAUUCAGGAAACUUCAAGCAGAGCGCAGAACGGCCCCGUGCUUCGACAUCAAAUCAAAUGCUGCACCGCUCCACCCCUCCUGCCAAACCCACCAUCCUGCCUCCACGGAGACCCCGAUAUCAAGCCCAGCAGGUGGAGCGCUUCAGAUGGGAACCCGGCGUCAACUGAAAAUGGAGAGCAAAACCAUCCUUGAGUUCCUGAUGUUCCUGAUUAUCUGGAUGCUCCUGAAAACAUCAGCUGUGGAUGCCUGGCUAGUAGCACAGCCCCAGGAGAAUGUGUGGAUCACCCUCGCAAAGACACUCCAACAAGACCACAUGUGCUUGUCCAUGGGCAGCGCCACCAACCCUCUGUCAUCCUGCCUGGUAGGGAUUCCUUUAAAGCCUCAUGAAUAUCCUCUCACAGGGAAAGAACCCAACCCAGUAGACACUUGGGACGAGUGGACAAAGAUCUUGCCCCAUGCACCAGAGGAACCCCAGGAAUUAGAGCUUUUGGGACCCUCCAAAAGCUACCUAUUGCAUAGAUUUUAAUUAUCACCCAGUAGCCAAUGCAUGGCCUGCCUCAAAAUACCAAAAGGCAAUUAAAUCAAGGAAAAAUAUGACUCCCAACAGUAAAAUUUACAGUCAGUCCAAAUGGUGCAAUUACACCAGCAGCACACGAUCUACCUCCUCUCACUAUCCCAGAGUGCUGCCCCGGGGAGUGUUCUUGAU